AUGUCCCUCGCCCAUGACCCUGAAUUCUCCAAGGCUGCGGCCUGGCUCCUCUCUGAGUUGGCAACAACUCUAAGCCCCGCGGUACACGAUAUCCAGAGUCGCCGCACUGCGAUCACUGCUCGAUACGCAGCCGCAUUCGAUAAGCUCCCUGCUGCACCUGAAGUAGAACAGAGCGUGCAUCGGAUUCAGUCAUAUGAUGGGCAGACAAUUAAUGUGUAUCGUUUCGCAAAGAAGAGCCCAACGUCAGUGGUCCCAGGUCCAGCCAUCCUACACACGCACGGAGGUGGCACGAUUGUGGGCAAUGUUGAUCUAUCCAAGAAGGCACUUUCCCUGCAAGUUCAGCAAACCGGAGUCCAAGUGUUUUCGGUAGACUACCGAUUGGCUCCGGAAAAUCCGCAUCCAACUCCUUCAGAGGAUUGCUACGCAGGGCUGGCCUGGCUGUAUGAGCAUGCGACCGAGUUUGGUGUGGACCGCAGCCGCAUUGCCACGAUGGGCGAAAGCGCUGGUGGGCUGCUCGCUGCGGCCCUUGCCUUGAUGGCCCGUGACCGUGGCCUGUCGCCCCCCCUGGCUAAGCAGAUCCUGAUCUAUCCUAUGUUGGAUGACCGCAACACUACGCCUAAUCCUGUGUUGGAGCCCCUAGCGCUGUGGACAAAUGACGACAACAUCACCGCCUGGACCGCUCUCCUGGGUAACGACAUUGGCACGGACCACGUUUCACCAUACGCUGCGCCUGCCCGCGCGACCAGCGUGGAAGGGUUACCACCAACAUACGUAGAUGUUGGCGAACUAGACAUCUUCCGGGAUGAAGACAUAGCCUAUGCUGCGAGAAUUGCAUCCGCCAACAUCAGUUUGGAAUUCCAUGUGUACUCGGGCGUGCCGCAUGCAUUCGAGGUGUAUACUCCAGACAUAGAAACGACUAAGAGAGCGGUUGCAAAUCGAUACCGAGCGAUUUCUGCCUUGUAG